GGGUCCCGGGACUCCGGCUCCGCUGCUCCGGUUGGGGGCAGCAGUCUCGUUUGCCACCAGCGUCUUUGAGCUCCUCGGGCGCGGGAAGCGGACCGCCUCGGCCCGCAGCGCAGAACGCAACCUGCCGGAGUGGCCGAGCCUGAGCUCCCGCUCAACGCCGAGGCAAGCGCAGCGGCGGGGCCCGGACUGAGCUGCGCGCGGUAGGGGCGGGCUAGGGGCGGGGCUCCGUGCGGGGCGCGAUCCCAGAGCCAGCGCAGCGCGCGGCCGGGCCCAGCCUCCUCCCCGCCGCCCGCGGAGCCGCAAGUUUGGCGGCUCAGAGCCCAGCGCGCAUUGGCACGCGGCACCUCUGUUCCUGCUGGCCUCGGUGCGCCUGCUCGGCAGGGACCCUCGGAAGCGAUGCUCAUGGAUGUGCUUUUAGUUGUAGGGUUCUGCGUGUGCACGGCCAGGACAGUGGUUGGCUCUGGACUGGACCCCGACCUUCAGAUGGACAUUAUCAGCGAACUUGACCUCGGAAAUACCACCCGUGGAAUCACUCAGGUGUCUGGACAGCACAAUGGCAGCAAAGCGUUUUUAUUUCAAGAUACAGGAAGAGAGAUCCAUGCAGCUCCUCAUGUGAGUGAGAAAUUAAUUCAGUUGUUCCAGAAUAAGAGUGAAUUCACCUUUUUGGCCACCGUGCAGCAGAAGUCAUUGACUUCAGGUGUGAUACUGUCCAUUGGAGACCUGGAGCACAGCUAUUUUGAGCUGGAGAGCAGUGGCCUGCGGGAUGCGAUUCGCUAUCACUACAUGCACAAGGGGAGGCCCAGGACAGAGGCACUUCCCUACCGGAUGGCAGAUGGGCAGUGGCACAAGGUGGCUCUGUCAGUUAGCACCUCGCACCUGCUGCUACACGUUGACUGCAGUCGGAUUUAUGAGCGUGUGAUAGAUCCUCCAGAGAUCAGCUUUCCCCCAGGAAGCAACUUAUGGCUUGGGCAGCGCAACCAAAAGCAUGGUUUAUUCAAAGGUGUCAUCCAGGACGGAAGGAUCAUCUUCAUGCCGAAUGGGUACAUAACACAGUGUCCAAACCUCAAUCGCACUUGCCCUACCUGCAGUGAUUUCUUAAGCCUGGUGCAAGGAAUCAUGGAUUUACAAGAGCUUUUGGCCAAGAUGACUGCCAAACUGAAUCAUGCAGAGACAAGACUUAGUCAGUUGGAAAACUGUCACUGUGAGAAGACCUGUCAAGUGAGUGGAUUGCUCUAUCGGGACCAAGACUCUUGGGUUGAUGGUGAUCACUGUAGGAACUGCACAUGCAAAAGCGGUGUUGUGGAGUGCCGGCGGAUGUCCUGUCCCCCUCUCAACUGCUCCCCCGACGCCCUCCCUGUGCACAUCGCUGGUCAGUGCUGUAAGGUCUGCCGACCAAAAUGCAUCUAUGGUGGGAAAGUUCUUGCAGAAGGACAGCGGAUCUUAACUAAAAUCUGUCAGGAAUGCCGAGGUGGAGUUUUAGUGAAAAUUACGGAAAAGUGUCCUCCUUUGAACUGCUCAGAGAACGACCACAUUCUUCCAGAGAAUCAGUGCUGCAGAGUCUGUCGAGGUCAUAACUUCUGCAUGGAAGCGCCUAAAUGUGGUGAAAACUCAGAAUGCAAAAACUGGAAUACGAAAGCGACUUGUGAGUGCAAGAGUGGUUACAUCUCUGUCCAAGGAGACCCCGCCUACUGUGAAGAUAUUGAUGAAUGCACUGCUAAGAUGCAUUACUGUCAUGCCAAUACUGUGUGUGUCAACCUUCCAGGCUUAUAUCGCUGUGACUGUAUCCCGGGUUACAUUCGUGUAGAUGACUUCUCUUGCACAGAGCACGAUGAAUGUGGCAGUGGGCAGCACAACUGUGACGAGAAUGCCAUCUGCACCAACACCAUCCAGGGGCACAGCUGCACCUGCAAACCAGGCUAUGUGGGCAACGGGACCAUCUGCAGAGCAUUCUGUGAAGAGGGCUGCAGAUACGGUGGAACAUGCGUGGCUCCUAACACAUGUGCCUGUCCGUCUGGAUUCACAGGAAGCCACUGUGAGAAAGGUAUUUUGGCUCAACAAUGAGAGAAAAGUAACUAAGACAGAGAUCUACUCACUGCCUGCUGAAUGAGCUUGUAUGCUACCCUGGGGAGAUAAGACCAGAAUAAAAGAGGAAGGAGAACUUAAAAAUAGCACUGCUGGCGUCUGGAGCACAACAGGUGUGAAACUGUCCAUUACUUCACUGAUGAAGUGUCUUCGGAGCUGAAGAACUGUGGUUCAAGGCUGAAGUAACAAGCAACACCCUGUACUGAAGAGUGAAGGAGAAUAAGGGGAGCAAAAGCCCUGCGGAUUUGGUGAGAACAAAAAGUUCCUCAGGAACGAAACAAGUCUCACCUUUGAGAGAGCACUUUGUGCAGAGGCCAUAGGGUGCUGUGACUGCGAUGCUGGAGAGAAGAGUCUACAGCUCUCCUUCACUGCCUGUAGAGAACAAUUAUCUUAAAGACUUUCACCUCCCAGCAAUCUUUACUGGAACGUAUUGUUGGAGAGCUGUGAAACUUGUGAAAAGCAUGAAUUAUAGCUGUUAUCUAUGCUUAGUUCACGGUUCUAUAGAGCCUGCUGUGUUUUAGCAAAAUGUUUGAAGCUCCUUUAUUAUUUAAUGUUUUCAUCUAACCUCCCGCAUCUCACCCAGUAAGAUCCCAUCCAAUACUGGCACUGAAGUAAGUAGUUAUAUUCUCCAGGACACAAGUUUGCUUUGCCUUGUUAAGUUUUGGCUCACUUUAUGUCUUCUGUCACAGAUGUGUGCCUUCAGCUGUCUUUCAGAAAAGUGCCUGCUUUUGAAAUUUCUGCUAUUUGUGCUGUGUGUGUGUGUGUGUGUGUGAGAGAGAGAGAGAGAGAGAGAGAGAGAGAGAGAGAGAGAGAGAAUAGAGGCAGAAGCAGAAACAGAGACAGAGACAGAGACAGAUGGAGACCUACGGAGACGAGAAUUUAUUUAAUAAUGGAGUUAUUUUUUUCUCACUUAACAGAAUGUUAGGAAUAUAAUAUAAAACAAUUAACAGUAAACCUACAUUUGUCAUUGCCCUAGACAUUUGCUUACCGGUGAACGUAGAAUAAUAAUUUUUCUGUUUACCAGUUUACUACUAAAGUAGUUUUACUUAUCCUUAUUCUUUUGCUUUGCACAUUUCUGACUCUCUUCAGAUAGAAUUCUGGAGGUAACACUGUUCGCUGGUGUACACAGCUUUAAGUAUCAUUUUGCUGGAAUCCAAAUGGUCUCCCUCUGGAUACACACUGGUUCUCUUACAUCUAUUUGUGCUCCCUCCAGUUUGUAAGAGAUGUCUAUUUCAAUGCUAUGAAUGUUCAGUAUUUUGGAUCUUUGCUAAUAUCUCAGUGGAAAUUAAAUUAGCAGUGGUUUCUCUUGAUCAUCAAAUAAUCUGAAUUAUUGAUCUUAAAAAGUUAAAAUUACUUUUAGAUUUCUAUGUAUUUUCUUGACAUUUUGUUUGAAUUUAUUCCACUAAGUAAAUAUGUAUGUUUUCAAAUUUGACUUGAUAAUCACUCUGAAUGUUUUCUUACAUUUCUUCUGUCAUUGAAAUAUAUUUUAAUUAUUAUUUUAAGUGCUGUAAAAUAUUGGCCAAAUCCAUAUGAAAAGUUUACAUAUAUGUAUAUAUAUACACACACAUACACAUGUAAUCAUAUAUAUGUACAUAUAUAAAUAUACGUACCUAAUCAUAUAUAAAUGUUCAUAUUUAAUUUAAACAUUUUGUUACAGUCUAAUUGAGAUAGAAAAAACUCAGGUAGUACUUUCGGUGUAUAAACUGAUAGGUGUUUUAUAGGGCUGCACCCGGGCAGCCCUCACCACAAUCAGUGUAAGGAAGCAAUCAGUUCUCAACUGUCCUCAUCCUUGUUGUAAUCUCUCAGUUUUCUCAGGUUCUCAUUUAAUUAAAAAACCUCACUCCAUUCCAUUUCUAUAUAUUCUAUUGCUUUCUGUUUUCUGAAGUUUUCUAUAGGAGGAAUCAUACAACAUUCACACUUUUAGUCUGAUAUAGAAUAAUCGUUUGCUAUUAUAUGAAUUGUUUAAAGCAGUAGUUUAUUACUUUUAGUGUGCAGUCUUAUUCUAUUAUGUGGCUACUUCAUAACUUUGCAAAGUCUUUCCUUACAAGGAAGCGUUUUUGCUGGUUUUUGCCAGUUACUUGGAGAGCCCUGAUGGCUGUUUGUGACUACCUGUGUGUGGACAGCACUUUUUCUCUCUCUGGGUUAAAUACCUAGUGAUGGAAUAGCUAAAUCCUAAUACUGUUGGUGAAUGUUUAACUUUUAAAGAACUUCCUCUUUUUCUAAACUGGUGACAUUGUUUUACAUUCCCAACAGCAGUGUGUAAGUUCUGUUUCUUGUUGACUCCCAAAAGCGUACGGCAGUCUGUAAUUUUGGCCAUUCUAAUAGGUGUUUAGCAGUAACUUGUUUUCUUAGGUGUAGAUUUUAUCUGAUGACUAAAUAAUGUUUGGCAUCAUUCUGGAGCUUCUUUGAGAAGCACAUGUCUUCUACACUAAGGGUUCUAUUUUAAUUAAUUUUAAAAAUUAAUUUGAUUUCUUUUUUGGAAUUUGUUAAGUUCUCAUGUAUUGAGAUAAAUUCUUUUUGUCUGAUGUAUACUUUACAAGUAUUUCCUCCAAGAUUCUGGUUUCUUUUCCUUUACUUUAAUAAUAUCUUUCAAGAGCCGAAGUGUUUAAUUUUGGUGGAGUCCACUGUGCCCUUUUCUAGUUUGCGUUCAUGAUGUUGUAUGGAAGAAGUGUUGGGCUCACCCACAGUCACAGUGUUUCCCACAGAACUUCUCAAGUUUUGGGUUUUAUGUCUGUGUCUAUGGUGUGCUUUGUGUUGGUUUUUAAGUGAAGAGAGGCGUGGCUCAGAGUGUUGUGGUUUCUGCUGCAUGUGGACGUCCACUUUUCUGUUCCCGUUGUUGCAAAGACUGGCCUUUCAGUGCUGACUCACGUUUCCGUCCUCAUCAGUCCUCAGUUGUCCCAUAGAGGUGAUUCAUUUUCAUCUUUCUGUUCAGUCAGGGUAUUUACUGUUAAACCAAUAGCAUAUUAAUUCAUCAUUUUUACUCAGUGAUAAAUCUUUGAAGAAGGUUGUUUACCCUUUAUUUUGUUUCUUUCUUUUUUUCCCUCCAAACUGUUUCAUUUUUUUUUAAAUGUAGCAAAACACACAGCAAACUGUUCUAGAACUCCUAACACUAAUGAAAGUGGGCAGUUAUCAUGCAGCUGUUGGUUAUUUCUGGAAAUUCAGAAAAAGUGGAAAUUUGUUUUGCCAUUUUGUUAUUAUUCAUUUAAUUAUUGCAAAAUAAAAUAUUCAUGCCCCAACUGAAGACUUUUAAUCUAAGAGCAUGACUCAAAAAAAGAAACGAGCCAUCUGUGUUCUCUUCUUUUCAUUAUAAUGUCACUGUAGUCACCCUGGGGAUUUCCAGUGGAUUUUCUUGAAAGCUUUGAAGAAGAGGAAAGCAAAAAGCAAACUAAAUUGUUAGAGUGAAAGACUCACCAGGCUGUUCUUAGGUGUUUCGCAAGGGCACACAUAGUUAUGUCAACACUGAUAUUUACAGCUGCAGAUAGAACAAGAUUUAUGACACUGAUCAGUGUGUCACAUGAUGAGACUACAACUGAGAUGAAAAUUCAUGAUGAUAUAGCCAUGGCUUAGAAAUCCAACUUUGAAAAAACAAUUGAAAACUAGCAAAUGCUACCACGCAAAAAUUAGUAAAUAUACAGAUUUAUUCUGGAAGCGAUGUCAUAUUCCUUUCAAAUCUAGAGGAAAGUUUUGAAGAAAGGCUGUAUGUUGACUCACGGGGAACAGUGAAGUCUUUCUGUACACACAUGUGAAAUCUCUGUGGAGCUGCACACUUGUAGUCAGCUCUUUAUCUCCUAUUGCCGAUAAAAUACUUUUUCAUACUCACUUGCGAUUCUUGUUUCAAUACUUUUUCUUGAUUUUUAUUGAGCAUAGAUCCCUUCCUGGAAUUCAUCCAUUUCUGUGUGUGUGUGUGUGUGUGUGUGUGUGUGUGUGUGUGUGUGUGUACCUCUGCUGAUUGAACUCAGUGAAUAUAGUGUAGUAUUAUAAGUCAUGAAAUCCAAUUUCAAAAUGUUUACUUGAUGCUAUAAAAUAAAAAGAAAUAGUAAUGUUUAAA